AUGGACUUUCCCGGAGGCGCAACCACUAACAUACAUCUAAUAGAUGGCUUCUCCACCAUCUACUGGAGGAUCUACACUGAGGAGUCAGGCAUUGCGACUCACUCUCAGGAAGGACCCGCCAAUGGCUAUACGAUAUUGAAGCAUCUUGGCCGUCUCAAGCUUCUCGAAGCGCAAUUGAGAAAUAUAGGUUGCUUAGCAUCAUGUCCAAGACGGCUCGGCCUCUGGGUAUUCUCUCCUUCCCCGACAUUUGAAAGUCUGGGCCCUGUGUAUAUUACAGACGGAGACGUUGAAACAACAAAAAUUCUCGUGGAUACAACCACUCUCAAAGUUUCGGCAUCGGGAAGUAUCGCAUGCCAAGAGUUGAUAAAGGGUCUCUCAUCCGAGGCUCAAAAUCAACAAGGAUCUCAACCGACGCCAUCACAACGACCGCAGCAAGCUCAACCUUCUGCGCGUCGAUCUGAUGGGUAUAGCAGCUCUGUCGCUGUAUAUGCCGCCUUUAUCUCGGCUGUCGCCGGUGCUCUGAGUCUACACCUUGUUCGCGCUUAUGGCGCUCUGCCUAUUGGAUCACGAACUCUGUUUACUGCAGUGGACAAGAUCGGAUACGAAAGUCCUAGAAUCGAUAAUGAGGCUUUGUUCUCCUCUCCCAGCUUGACGUCACUGAAUGUACAGUUGAAUGCCCCUGGAACUUUAACCGUCUCUACACAAACAAUCAUUCAGCCUGGCAUCACACGAUUAUGUUCCCCUCGUGAUGACAUAUCAGAUUUGUUCCGAGUCCAACCAGGGACGGAUCUUUGGCUAUGCCCUAAUGGGGCUAUCGCCAGACUUGUCACCGCGAACAUCGAAUCCCCGACUGUCCCUUCACCGGGGUUUCCUACCUCUGGAGAUGCCCCCGGGAAAAGAAGGCAAUGGAAGUUGGACGUUGUACAGUGGUUGACCAAUUUUGGUUUGCAUAUUGAUUCGGUCGACGAGGAACCCUGGGUUGAGGUGGAAGUUUGGGAGCCGUUUUUUGCCAGACUUGCCGGUGAAGCAUGGCGCCAAAGUGAUGAGCCUCAGUCUGCGCUUCCAUUGAAGCGUAUGCUGUGGCCGGCAAGAUUCUGCUUCCGAAGGACUGGCUCGUCGAUACGGUCUUCACGGCCUGCAGCAUCCCUCGAGGAACCUCUGGAGUUUGCGGAGAGGUGGUCUUCAGAUGCGGGAUCCAUGAAACUGGCUCCUGGCCAACAGAACGUUCCUAUAUUUGAGGAACCCCAGCAAAAGGACGAGGGGAUGUCUCCACCCCGAAAUGACCACGGUGAACACUUAGAAAGCCUCUCCCGAAUGUCGCAAUACCCAGAUCUUCAGAACACCAACCUAGUCUACCCGACACCGCCAGAAGGUGCUACAGCAACUGGCACCAACAUUCCCACACAACACGAUCCUUACCCUGAGGACCAUGAUCUUCUCUCUCCUGCAGCGCCGCAGGAAACUAAGCCCAUUCCAGGUUCUGGGCUCUCCCCGAAAAUUGACAUCGGCACAGGCAGAUACGAUGCAAGUGACGAUGACGAUCUCUUUGGAGAAAUGAAUGACAAGGAUUUUGGGUCUAAGGGAAUCACCGAUGCAGAUUUCAGCUUUUUUGACGACCCUGAUCUCGACGACAUGGCGGAUCCUAUGUCUGUUGACCAGACUCAAGAAAUACCCCAAGAACCAGUGGAGCCCACUGACGCCAAGGAGGAAAUGCAUGAGGUGCAUGAAGUACCUGCUGUGACUGCUUCACCCGAAGUCCCAAAAGCGGAGGAAGCGCACCAGCCAGAGGAUUCCCCCACUCUCAUGAAGGACGAUUCUGAGCUGACUGAAGAGCCAAUGGAGUUGGAAGAGUCAUCUGAAUCAUCUCAACGCCAGUCCGGUCAAACCAUCAGUCCUCCACUAAGCCCGGUGGAAAUUAAAAAGAUCCUCUUCCCGGGCUUUCAGGCAGAGGAUCGACGACAAAGCGAGGAAGGACAUGCUCAAACAGGCCACUACCACCCCGUCACAUUUGAAAGGAAGCUGGGGGCCUGGGAUCAAAAGUAUGGGACCACUGGGAAAUUCUGGUUCUCGGCUGGAAGUACAACAAAAUCCACUGCCAACGAUUUGAAUGAAAUUCCAACCGUCGGCUUACCACAUCGUGCACGGACGUCGAUUUCUGCGAGGAACAAGCCGUUCGGCAGAGAUUCUUUACAACCCGUCGAAAAUGGCUGUGAUCGGGAUUCCUCAGAUACCACCGACGCUAGCAGUGAUGAGGACGAAGAUAGCGAAGGCCUUCUUUUCGAACAUGCAUUCCCUCCCGUUGCCAUUCCUCAGCUGAAACGAAAACGAGUUCCCUCGGAAUCCGAUAUUCAAUCCGCGGCAUCUCCAGCUAUAUCAUCAGCUGUCCCUGAUGGGAGCGUGGGAACCAAGGCCGAGAAUAUUACCUUCUUGGGCAAUUUUCUUUCCAACUUCUCGGAUUGGGCUUUCACUGGCUACUUCUCAGCUUUCCAGAUUCAACAACUACCUGUCCUCCUUCGACGGGAAGAGCAGAUUCCAAUCGCGCAACUUCUAGUCGACCAAAUCACGCAGUCAUCGCUAGAUCAUCGUUUAGGCGGAAAAAUUGGAUUGUUUGCCCUUGAAAGCGAGGGGACAUCAUUUACGGAAGCCUUCGACGAUGUGACCUUUUUGGGUAAUAUUCAAAAACUGGACCUCAAGGCGUAUACGUCUUUACAAGAAGACGCAGCACAAAAUUCCUCCCAGCCGCAGCAGCCUACGAAAGACUCGGGCAAGAAUUCGAUUUCAAAGUUGUCUGCACCGCAUUUACGAGUUCGUCGUGGGAAAGGGUAUUUGGAAACCCUUCCUCCCGCCAUGUCUUUCUGGGAGACGUUCGGCUUAGAACCAGCUCAUGGGUCCAAGGACGUCUCGGCGUACUGCAUUCACCCCCAAGCCGCCAGUCAAGCAGCAGAUGUGUUUAUGGUUCGCUUUGGGCUCUUAUACGAAAGUUGCAAUCUUGGCACUCAUUCACGAGGCGACAAGUCGACCGGUUUCGAAAAUGGUCUCAAGACGUGGGACUCCGAGUCAUCAAGCUACACAUCGAUGAUGCAAUCCCUUCUGGGGCUGUGUGAGGAACUUGCUACCGAGCUCUCGCAAGCUACGGGCUCGAACACAAAUAACAGUGUUGUCUACAUAAUAAACCCCUUUCCUCAUGCAGCAGCACUGGCAGACAUUUGUGCGGCUUUCUGGAACCUCUUCCAGCAAUUGGUUGUCGAUGCCGACCGUCGACAGACCAAACAGGUCAAUGAAGUGGUGUUGCAGAUUAUCCCGAUGGAGUUCGUCAUGUCAGAGGAUUCCAUGGUUGUGCCAACACAAACGGCGUAUGUGAAUCUGGCUCUCGAAGUCUACAGUCGCUGCCGCCCGAAGGACGCCGAAUCGAGUCCUCUUCUCUGCGCCCCAGCAAUCCUGCUCGCCGAGAACCUGCCCAAAACUCUCAAUUUCCGGCUCGCCCCAGACAAGGUAUCCCCGUUACAAGAUGGGCGAAGUCUGCAUAUCGCAUACUCGAAGAGCUGUGACCAGCGCUGGGUGUCGGUAGCGUGGUCCGAUGGAACAGGAUUACUUCAGACGAGCAUGUCUUACUGCCUUAGGUAUCGAAACAGAGGUUCUUCUAGGACGAUUUCUGAAGUGCGCAACGAGAUUUGGGCUACUACAAAGCAUAUCAUGGAUAAGUUCCAGGCUCGCUGGAAGGUUGUCCUCGUCAGUACCGACCCGAUGGAUCCGGACGAGGUUGACGCAUGGGCGACUCUAGCUGAGCAACAGAACAAGAUGCGCCCGGCGUCUUUAGAGCUGACGAUCGUGACUGUCAAUACCAUCCCCGACCUCACACUCAACAUCUCUGCCUCUCCAAUGAGCACUGGUAUAUUCAAUCCCCACUUCUCAUCUACCCCCGUUUCGACCCCCAACCCAAACACAAGCAUUGCCUCGCCUGAGCAAAUCGGCAAUGCACCGACUCCAAGCGCAUUCUAUAACGCACCAACGCCCACCGAGCCCUCUCUCGAACCGGACUCCGAGGUUGUUCUGACCGAUAUUUGUGAUGAUUCUUGGGCAGUCAUUCUCUCGCAUCGCCUCAACGCGUCUCCCCAUGUCACCGAGCUUCGCCCCGCGCUGGUCAGCGGGUAUCUUCUUCGGCGUAAAGGCCCGGCUGAUAGCGAUGGCAUCUUCUCAAUGACUGUCAAUCUCCUAUACUCUCAGCGUCCUGCUGUCUCUCAUGAAAGCGUUCUAGGGGAGACCCUUGCCAUGUAUCGAGACCUGUCGUCUCUUGCCCGGGCAUGGGGCAUACGCAGUGUACAAGGCAACACGCUUCCUUGGCAUAUAGCGACGGCUCUGCGGGCCCAAGAGCUACUCAGCUAUGUUUUCUGA